GUAGUGAUAAAAAAGAAUUGUUAAGGCAGAAUUUCAUUUUUCAGGUCUCCUACCUGAAGAAACGAAAAUCGAAGCCUCUCUCUCUAACCAUGAGUCUUUUCGGUCUCGGCAGAAAUCAGCGUACAUUCCGCCCAAAAAAGAGUGCACCUUCAGGAAGUAAGGGUGCACAGCUUAAAAAGCACAUUGAUGCUACCCUGGGCAGUGGAAAUUUAAGGGAAGCAGUUAGACUACCUCCUGGCGAGGAUUUAAAUGAAUGGCUCGCAGUCAACACCGUGGACUUCUUCAAUCAGGUGAAUCUGCUCUAUGGUACCCUCACGGAGUUUUGUACUCCUGAGAACUGUCCUACAAUGACUGCAGGCCCUAAGUACGAAUAUAGAUGGGCUGAUGGUGUGCAAAUCAAGAAGCCUAUUGAGGUUUCUGCUCCAAAAUACGUUGAAUAUCUAAUGGACUGGAUUGAAGCACAGCUCGAUGAUGAAUCCAUAUUUCCUCAAAAGCUUGGCGCACCAUUUCCUCAUAACUUCAAGGAGGUGGUGAAGACAAUAUUCAAAAGACUGUUCCGUGUAUACGCCCACAUUUAUCACUCUCACUUUCAGAAAAUUGUGAGCCUUAAGGAGGAAGCUCAUCUGAACACAUGCUUCAAGCACUUCAUAUUGUUCACUUGUGAAUUUGGGCUGAUUGACAAGAAAGAAUUGGCUCCUCUUCAAGAACUCGUAGAUUCCAUCAUAGUACCCUACUAAAUAUGUAAUAUAUGUUAACAGGUGUUGGAGAAUGGAGAUCCUGAGAAAGAUGUUCAUUUAGUGGAUCCAAAUGCAAUAAAGUUUGUUUUAUU